AUUCUGCUAUACGAAAGAAAAAUGAAGUAUUUAGGACGUUUUUGAUAAUUUGUUGUAAAUUAGAGAUAAAAAAUUGCUUGCAUUUACUCAAACAUGCUAGCAGAUACCUCAACAAACAGUCCAUGGCUGUGUGAGGAAGUUAUGUUGGGUCACAACAUGAGGAGCAGUUUUCUGGAGUCGAAUUUGUCAGAUUUGUCAGAAGUACACAACUUCACCUAUUUAAACAGAGUGAAGAAAUCAUCCCCAACCUCGAGUUCUUGCCCAAGUGAGGUGAGCUCGGAAUGCAGUGAGAAUCUAAACAGUACCUUCUUCAGCGAGAAUAGCUCAGAUUGUGGAGACGAGAUUCCCCUUGACAUAGUUUCAGAACUUCAGGAAACUUUGUUUGGCGAUAUUUCUUCAUCUCUUGUCAACAUCCUGAGUGGUACUGAAGAAGAUACAUGUCUUUUAGACAAUACUGCAUGGACAGCAGCAGUAGACACAGUUUCAUCAGCAGCAGAUAUCUCAAAUUCCAGUCUGUCUACUUCAUCAGCAUCAAGUCACAAAAGUUCAACCUCACAGACUAAGAAAAACCAUGUUAACUUCAAAAAUCUCAAAUGGAGCACACUACCUGAUGAUGAAAAAACUUCAGUCAUUGAGGACCUUAGUCGAGUUAUCAGUAACGAAUUGGGUCUUCGAGAGCAAUUGGAGGUCAUACGAAUUAUAAACCCUUCAGCACACGUAUCUCCAACAGACAAGGAGUUUGUUAUAGAUAUAUACUCCAUAGAUGAUGAAAAGUUGCAGAAAAUUCAGGAUUACAUAGCUGGACAUGCACAGAGCCCUAGUAUACCAAGCGAGGGCAAUUCUAACAUCUCACCAAAGAAACACAGUAAACAAAGCAAUAAGAAACAGAUAACACAGGAAAAGAAAGCAAGACAGAAAUUUUACAAACAACGACAACGAAAAGAGUACCGCCAGAUGUUGAAAGAGAAACGUAGCGGUCUCUUUGCCAGAGAAGAAGUUCUGUCUGUAUCCGAGAUAGAGCCAGGGGAUGGGGAGGGAGAUAUAGACAUUCUAGGAUAGCAGACCCUAUAUCCUCCCAUCCUAAGACUGCCAUUACCUUGUGACACAGUGUUCAUUUUGAGGAGAAUCCUUUCUUUCAGUGAUUGAUAGCAGUGCUAUUUUUCUAAGAUGAUUAGAUUAAUGUUUACCAAUGUCAGAAUUAUGUCAAGACUCUAUUGAGUUAUAAAUUUUAUAAGAGUUAUUGGCCUUUCUUGAUAGGUUCUAAGUAUUCACUACUACAACAUGUAUGGAUAAAUACUGUCUGGUAUGGAAUUUAUGUAUUUGAAAGUAAUUCCCAGGAUCUGAUCAUGUAAAAAUAUUAUAUUAUCAAUUCUACAAUUUAUUUUGUUCCCUCUUAAAUUGGUUGUAUUUAUUAGAAAUGGUGUCUGAAAGACAGAAAGUACAAUGAUAGGGAAACUGUCUCAAAGUUUUUAAUACGUAAAGUCCUGAAUAUGCACUAUGAUGUACUAAAAGUACUUUACUUGAUGACAAAUGAAUGGGAUGGUGCACUUAAAGGGGUACAUGUAUUUUAAAAAACCUGAUACUGGUGAUAUUUUUGCAUUUAGCAUAUAAAGUAAAUCAUUUUUUUUACAGAGUCCAAAUGAUCUGCUAGAUCUGAUCAUUGUAGCAUGUACUGUAAAUCAGUUUUUAUUUAGGAGAACUUUAAUUUGGCAUAAUUACCCAAGUCUGUUCCCAAAGAAAUUCAUUCUCGCAUUUAUUCUUAUAAUUAAGAUUACAUACAACAAAAACCAGAAUUUGUGAAAAUUUUCGCUUGCUUAUAAAUACCUCAUGACUUUCUCAUGAAGAUAAAGUGUUGCAAAAAUUUGGUGAUCUAAAGUUUAUGUAUUACUGAUAAAUAUUCCAUAUAAAAUGAAGUCUACAAAACUACAUUCUCAGUAGUUGUUUAGAGAAUAAUUUGGGAAAGAAGGUUCUUUUAUAAAAUGUAUUACUGCUCCUCCAUUUCAAAUAUUUAAUUAUCAGGAAUUAUUAAUUUGUAGUAAUUGAUAUGAUAAUUAAAUAUAUUUGAUUGAUA